AUCGUUGGUGUUAAACUUCAAAAGGCCCUCAUACCUGCUCCUAAUUACCAAGCUCGCACAUAUAGACGGAUUACAUUACAUCAACUAGCCACAUUACUUCCUACCGUCGUGUACCGAAAAACACACGUAGUGCGGCGUAGACAUGUAGGAAUGCGCGGAAUUCUCUGGUCAGCUGGUCAGUUGCCCGGGUCCUUUACAACAUCUAAGCAAAACAGUACUGCAGGGAAGCUGCGAGUGCGGGCAGGGCCGCCCCUGUGAGCCGAUGCAAGUGCUAUGUUUGGCCGAGGUGCUUUAACAUCCAUAACAAUAAACAAUUGGUACUGGAGUAUGCAUAGCGUUCAAGUUAAAGGGUUAAGGGCUAGGGUGCACGAAAAGCCCCAUGCAGGGCGGGCCUUACGCCCGAGGGCGCCAAAGAGCACAGCUUGGGCUAUUAAAGCAUAGCACACAAACUGUUUUUUGUCAGUACACUUCGGUGUCCCUGUCAACGUUGAGUCGUGGCGCGCAACUUCCGCGCGACCUGACCGAGUGAAGCUGACAACUCCACAUAGAAGAACAAAAAAACGUUCGCAUAGCGGUUUGCACAUUUACGUAGGCCCCGGCCGGCUAGCGACGUCUUAGCCAGUCAGAGUCAAACUCGGCAAGGCGCCACUCACGCCUUCCCAACCAGCCUGGUGCGGCGCCCCAAAUCUCCAAACAAAUGGCUACAACUCAGCUGCUAUCAGCCUAAGGGCUUAGCCGCCCUGUGCAGCGGUAAGCCACGUCGUUUGGCGCGCGGAGUCCUCGGCAACGCCAGGCAAUGCAGCAAGCAGCUCCGGAGAGUAAUUCAACAUCAAGCAGUGCAGAGGGAAUAUACGCGGCAGUGCAGCGGCUUGGACAAGCAUACGUCAUGGCAGGCAUGGUCGGGACAUCGGUGCCUUCUGGCCAAGCGGCUGAACCUAGGCUGCACGGGCAAAGGGCUGCAGAUAUCUCGGAUGAAGGCGAUACGUUCGUGGGGCCAGGUCAGGCGGGCGUAACAGGCGAGCUGCUGGAGGCUGCGCUGUGUCGUAGCGGUCCUGCCGCUUCGUCUCUGACCACCGUGCCCAAGCCCCUCCACGGCGAGAGCGGCGGUGACAGCAGCAGCGCUCUGGGCCGAGCACAGGGCUUACCGGGCUCACCAAUCCUGAAGCAGGAGUUGGAACAGCAGGAAGCAGACCAGCUGUCGGGCGGGAUAGCUGCAGGUCGCCCUGGCCUGGGCGUUGCAGAUGCUGAAACAGGAAACGCCGAUGCCCUGGCUGACGACUGGGUGAAGCAGGAGGCCGAGUUGGCAGUGGACGCGGACGUGGCCAGCGGUGCAGCAGCGGCGCCGCAGGCCUCUAAUGAAGACGCAGCUGUGGAUGAUGCCGACCCUGAGAUUGGUCCAGCCCCCCUGCCGCACCACGACCUAUCCCCGGUUGUUGACGCCGACGAUCCUGACGACGAUGCCGACGCCAUUCAUGCCUGCGGCGACGACAGCGCGCACCGCCUGCGCUACCUGGGGGCUGGCGCCUACCGGCUGCCGCUGGGCGCGCUGCCGCUGUUUCCUCCGGAGAAGGUGGCUAUGGCGGCCGUGGAGCCCACCGUCAUCACGCUCUGUUACCAGGCAGCCGGCGAGCCCGACUCGGCGCCGCUGCGACAGCACCAGGCGGCGCUGCGCAUUUACACCUACGAGCACCGCAAGACGGUGCACAUCACGCGCAUGUCGGGGCUGGCGGGCCGCGUGGAGGGCGUGGUCACGCCGCACGUGGGCAGCACGCUGGGCCUGUGGGGCCUGGACGACGGCCGCGUCAUGGUGGGCGCCGUGGAUGUGGGCGCAGAGGCACAGGACGCGGCAGGGCUGGCAGGUGGGGCAGCUGCGGCUGGGCAUGGGGGCGCUGGCCAAGGGCGCGGUAGGCACAGCCACGCGCUCGCUGGCCGCAUGGGCCUGCCGCCGUCCGGAGCGCGCCGCGGCGGCGUUCCGGGUGGCCGUGACCGUGGGCUCCACGAGUACGGCGCCAGUGGCAACAGCCAGCAGCGGGCAGGCGGAGGCGCCGGGCGUUCGUCCACAGACGGCAGCGCCGGCGGCAGCGCGGGCGGCGGCAUCAGCAGCGCGGGCGGCAGCGCCCGGUGGACGCCGCAGGCGCUGGAGCACACCGGCCGCCGGACCGUGGACGGCACGGAGGAGAUGAUGGGCACCAUCCCAGCUGAGUGGCGCGUCAACGCGCGCGGCCCCUACCGGCUCACAUCGUUCGGCGGCGGCACCUUCGGCCUGCCGCUGAGUGGCCUUUCCGUCUUCCCACCCCAGGCUGUGUCCGCGGCUACCGUGCAGCCCACCACCGUGACGCUCUGGUACAUGGCGCUCAGCAGCGUCGCCGCCAACGCCGCCCUGGGCCUGGAGGCGCUGCAGCGCUACGACGCCGCGUUGCGUGUGUACAACUACGAGCACCGUCGGGUGGCACAUCUCACGCGCAUGAAGAGCCUGCUUGAUACCAUCGCCGGUGGCGCGCCCGCCACCGGCGGCGUGCUGUGCCUGUGGCGCCUGGCCGAUGGGCGACUGCUGGUCACGGUGGCGGAGGCCGCGGGCGGCGGCGGUAUGGGCAACGGCGUCGGCGCGGGCGGCUCCAAGGCGUCAGCAGGCGUGGCGGCGGGCGCAGCGGGCACGGCAGUCAGUGGAGCGACGUCGCGCCGGGCGGGAGCCUCCAAGGCCCGGCAGCCGCGUGGGUCCAAGGCCGCGCCGUCCGCAUCGGAGGUGGGCUCCCUGGACGACCUGCCUGGGGCGUGGGAGGAGGAGCUGCCCGACACCGCCACAUGGGCCCUGAACGCCAUGGCUGCCGCAGCAGCGGGGCAACCAGUGCCUGCUGCAGUGGCGGCGACGGCGGCAGCGGCGGCGGCACCUGCUCGCAGCGCGCCGGCUCGCCGCGGUGGUGGCGCCGGCGGCCGGCGGCGAGGCCGUGGCGCCUCAUACGAGGAGGAGGACGAUGACGAGGCGGAGGAGGAGCAUACGGCACACACGCGUGACGUCGCGGAGGAGGAGGGCUCUGAGGCGGCGGGCAGCGAUGCGGCGGACGGCAACGAGGAGGCCCCCAAGGGCUCUGCGGGUCCGCGCGACCUGUGGUUUAACGGCACCGGUAUCUACCUUCCUCGAGAUACCGCCAACCUGCUGCCUCCUAGCGUGCGCGGCACGGCGACCGAGGAGUCGGCGCCGCUGACGCUGUGGUUCCGCGCCGCUGUCGACGGUGCGGCGGACGCUGACGCGCCACUGCGGCGCUUCACGCGCUCGCGGCUGCGCGUGUCGCCCAGCGGCAGUGCCACCAUAUCGGGGUCGUCGGAGAUGGUGCGGGAGGUGGCAGGCGACAUGUGGGACAGCAGCUCGAAGCGGCUGGAGAUGUGGCUGUGGCGAAUGGAGGACGGGCGCUGCGUGGUGACGCAGCAGCACGUGCCGCCGCCCACGCAGUCGUCGGGCUGGCACCUGCCGCCGGCGGUGCACGUGCAGACACUGGCACGGCGGACGCAACAGCCCGCGCAGCCUGCGGCGGCGGCGUCGCAGGCGCAGGUACUGUCGCAGGCGCUGCUCCUGCACCAGCAGCAGCAGGCCCAGCAACAGCAACAACAGCAGCUGCUCCUGCUGCAACGGCAACAGCAGCUGCAGUGGGCACAGCAACAGCUAUCACGAGCGGGCCUGGGCAGACCGCCGCUGGGGCCGCGUGGACAGUCUGGGCUUGCGGACGCGGCCGCGGCGUCGCUCGGGCAGCAGGACGCGCAAGACGCCUGGAUUGGGCCGCAGUCCGGCUACGUGCCGCCGCUGGGUGGCCUGCUGCGCGGCCUGGUUGCGGCAGGCGCCGGCGGCGCCAACAGCAGCGCCAACCUGCCCGCCACCUCCAUCACGCACCUGCACGGCUUCCUGCCGCACGGGUCGCGGCUGCCGCCGCUGCAGCCCGGCGAGCUGCGGCUGUGCGGCCUCACCUUCCACCCGGAGCUGGCGGCAGGCGUGCGCCGCGCCAUGGCGGCAUGGCAGGCCUCUGCAGUGGCGCGCACGCGGCAAGAAGCCGACCCUGCCAUUGAGCAGAUCGAGAUCCCGGGCGUGGGGCCGGACCCGGGCACCGGCCAGGGCGCAGCCAACCCCACCGCGCAGGUGCUCUACCGCUACGGCCUCAACGCCGAGCUCAUCAGCUCGCAGGUGGCGGGGCUGCUGGGCCUGGGGGCGGGGCGCGGCUGGGACACGCCGCUUCCCACCGAGGGCCCCAUGGAGCUGUCCACGCAGCUAGUGGAGCCGUGCCAGGACGUGGCGCGCGGCGGCGCGGGGCUGCGGGCCGCGCGGCGCAUCGGGCGCAGCACGGUGCUGGGCGUGGUGACGGGCUAUGUGAUGCCGGCUGCGGUGGCGGCACGGUUCGUGUCGCAGGGCUACCGGCACGUGAACAACCCGGUGCGGGCGCAGCUGGAGGCGGAGGUGGCGGAGGUGGGGCUGGGCGACGUGGCUCCGGCGUGGCAGGUGCUGGCCGGCGCCUUCCGGCUGCCAGUGCCGGGGCUGGAGGGAGAGCUGCAGUGGGCGGCCGGUGGCGCGUCCUCAGCUGCAGGCCACUUCAACCAGCCGUUGGAGCUCAACAUGCUCGGCUACGGCAACCUGGCGGCGCUGAUCAACGACCCCCGCGUGGAGCCGCGCGCCUGGGUGGAGGGCAACGACGUGGAGGACGAGAGCGGCGUGGCGGAGAUGACCGCCAACUGCGCGGUGCUGCCGGUGUCGGUCCGUGGUCUGCUGCUGCCCGUGCUCGUGACCAUCCGCAGCGUGGCGGCCGGAGAGCAGCUGCUGAGAGACUACGGUGCGGCGUGGUGGAGGCAGCUGGCGCGGCCCUGGGAGGUGCUGUCAGUGGCGACGGAGGUGGCGGAGGCGCGCGCGGGCGCUGCGGCUGCUGCGGCGGCUGGUGGCCUAGCGGGCGCGCAUGCGGCGGCGCCUGUGUCCUCAUAUGAUGAGGCUGUGGCGCGACAGGCGCGGUUGCAGCAGCAGCUGCACCUGCAGCUGCAGGCGGCGGCGGUGGCGGCGCGCGGAGGCGACCUGUACACGCUGGACCUGGGCAGGCAACCUGCAACUGGCAAGCGUCAGCAUCCGGAGGCGGGCAGCCGCUCCGUUAGCCCGGAGACGCAGCGCCGCUGCCUCUAGUAUCAUAGCGCUAACGUUUGACUUCAGUAUAUCGCCGCUGAUGCAGCAGGCACGGACGGGGCCGCGUUGACGAGCGCACUGCCUGCAUUGUACGCUGACGACCUUGCGAACAUAUGUUUCAAGAAUGGGAUGCAGUGAGCCGCUGCAGCUCUGACGAUGACGGUGACCUUAGUUGCCUGACCAAGAGCAGGGUGUGCGAACGCGUGCAGUGCCGAGGCAUGCAACGCCGAUUGCGCGCGAAAACAGAGGAUGUGAAUUGUGGAUCCAGUGUUGUUGGUUUUUGGAACCUGCCAGCGUGCAGCAACUGGUACUGACUUCCGUGGUGUCGUUGGACCCCCCCCAAAGUCUCGUCCUCCUCAUGUCGUGUGCCUCUUUGCGCACAUACAAUUCUAGACGCAUAUUCCUCUUAGAGCCACGCCCUGGCAGUUUUAUUCUGCAUGCUGUCUUCGUGUGUGCCUCCGAUGCAAAUGCAUGUGGAUUGUGGUAUGUCCUGUACGAUGGGAGCGAGUGAGGGCUCUAGCGGCCUCCCCGUCAUCGCUCGACGUGUGGGCUGUCAAUUAUCCCCGCAUGUGCGUGUGAGUAUGUGGGUGUAUUGAGUUGUGUACUUGGCGGAAGGCCGCCUGAGGGAUAUGCAUGCCUGCAAAGCGUUGUCAAAGCGGUGAACACUGUGUGGUGGGAAGCGGGCCUGGCAUCUGCUUCAACGAACGGGAGUCUACCAAUACGGCCACUUACGACGAUGCAUUCGGUCUGCUUAAGUGCGAGGACCUAGUAUGACGCGUUAUAUGUUUGACUUCUUCAUUCCAGCUGAAUUUCAGCCUACCGGCACCAGAAGCACCGCAGGACACCAUGACUCGUGCGCAAUCGCUAAUACCUCUUGCACGCUAUGCAAGAUGGCUGACACAAGUGCUGAAAGCUGAGCUGCAAGACGUGCCUGGUGAAGGAUAAUAGGAGCAUCAACAUCAAGUAACGAUGAUGGGGUGGAGCGCUGCGUUGAAUCCAGCGUUUUGGCGUGAGGCAGUGGGAAGAGCUGAUGAAGGGCCUGGGGGCGCAGUGGUACGUGCAUGGGCUAGCAUGGUCGUGUGUAUGAAGGUCGGCAGGCGAGACGUAUGUCAUCAGGUCCUGUUGUUUUAAGAAAGCAUAUUUUGCCCUUGGUGGGUGACAUGCGAGGGCUGCCCCUGACCCUGCAGCUCUCUCCGCACCCAGCUCAUUAUGCAAUCUUGCAGCCAGUCCCUCUCCGCUGAGGCAGCACUCGGCAGCGUUGAGCACGAAAAGUUCUGUCCGCAUGUGCAACAGAAGGAUGCAGUCUCCAUCACGUGAUCGCGUGUCCAUGUGGGGCUCAGGGGCAGGCGGGGUGCCCCCGGUCCUGUGGCAAGCCGGCAUAUGUGGAGCCCAUCGGGUUCCGGGAAGUGCCCACAAGCAGA